UUAGCUCGUGCGCGCUACCUAGUGCACUUGCUCAGUGGUGAAGUUGCGGAUUGGAAUGCGGUCCGUGUAGAAAAGCCUCUUCCUGUUUCCAGGGGACGUCUGGUGGAGGAGUGCUGCUGCUACAACAACAGGCGAGUAUCGUCAUCAUCGCUCCUGCUGUAUGUGUGAUAUUGUGACCGAGAACGAGUGACUGAGCCAUGGAGCAGUGUGCGUGUGUGGAGCGAGAGCUGGAGAAGGUGCUGCACAGGUUCGUGACGUACGGACACCAGUCAGAGGAACGCCUCGACGAGCUGCUGAGGAACGUGUGUGAGCUGCGCAGCCAGCUGGUCACCUUCGGUGUACAGGACACAGAUUUAUCAGUUCUCUCUCAGACGAUGGCGCAGUGCUGUAAGGAGAUCAAGGAGACGGUGCAGAUGCUCGCUUCUCGCCACAAGGACAUCCAUGGCAGUGUGUCCAAAGUGGGCAAAGCCAUCGACAGAAACUUCGACGCAGAGGUGAGUGCUGUAGUAGCCGAGACGGUGUGGGACUCGUCCGAGAAGCAGAGGAACCUCAGUGAGACCAUCGUGGAGCACCUGUACCGACAGGGCAUGCUGAGUGUAGCUGAAGACCUCUGUCAGGAGUCGGGUGUGGUCAUCGACAUGAGCAUGAAGCAACCGUUUCUGGAGCUCAACCGCAUUCUAGAGGCUUUACGGAUGCAGGACCUCCGGCCAGCGCUAGAAUGGGCUGUGACGAACCGACAGAGGUUGCUGGAUCUGAACAGCAGUCUGGAGUUCAAGCUGCACCGACUCUACUUCAUCAGCCUGCUGAAUGGAGGCGUGGAAAACCAGCUGGAGGCUCUGCACUACGCCCGUCACUUCCAGCCAUUCGCUGCACAGCAUCAGAGAGAUAUCCAGGUGUUAAUGGGCAGUCUGGUGUACCUGCGUAACGGCAUCGCCAACUCUCCGUAUCGCAGUCUGCUCGAGACCAACCAGUGGGCUGAGAUCUGCAACAUCUUCACCCGAGACGCCUGCGCCCUGCUCGGCCUGUCUGUCGAGUCUCCGCUCAGCGUCAGUUUUGCGUCAGGUUGCAUGGCCCUGCCAGUGUUGAUGAACAUUAAGCAAGUCAUUGAGCAGAGGCAGUGUAGCGGCGUCUGGACACACAAGGACGAGCUGCCUAUUGAGAUAGACCUGGGGAAAAAGUGCUGGUAUCACUCUGUGUUUGCGUGUCCCAUCCUGAGGCAGCAGACUUCGGAGAGUAACCCACCCAUGAAGCUCAUCUGCGGUCACGUCAUCUCCAGAGACGCUCUUAACAAACUCACCAAUGCUGGGAAGCUGAAGUGUCCGUACUGUCCGAUGGAGCAGAACCCGUCGGACGCUAAACAGAUUUAUUUCUGACGUCCCUGGGCGGAGCAGAUUAACCCAGCGGAGGCUCCUCAGCGUGUCGGAGGCUCCUCGGAGUGGCUGAGUUGGAAUGAUCCACGUUCACGGCCUUCUGCGGCGGCUCGAACCGUGGAGCCGCCACACCCUCCCCUUCCUGAGUUUUUUUAGUUGGCACAGGCCGGUGGUCAUGACAACACACACGUGUAGAUCUGAGUCAGUUAAGUGUACGUCACAAGGACCGAGCUCCACGGAUCAUUCGCUCAUAUAUGAUACACUCAUUUAUGACUCACAGGCUUUUAUAAGUAUGUGUGGUUUUGUUUUUGUUUUUUUCCCCUCUCUCUCUCUCCCCCCCUCUCUCUCUCUCCCCCUUUUGCUCUCUCUCAUCAUUAAUAAGUUUUAAUUUGAUUUUUCAGUUCCUCUGUAUGGUUUAGGAGAGUGAGGUGUAUGCUUGUGAACAGGUGUGACCUUCCUGCAUCGUAUGUUUUCACGGUUGCUUAUUUACGAGAUAUUUAAACGACUAUAUUAUAGAGGCUUUCAGCCAGUGUACAUGACAGAAAGGCUUUUCAGCAAGUAUAUUCACAGAGACGUAUUCAGUGAGGCCAGGAGGCGCCGGGUGGAGGGUGGAGUGUUUGUUGUUCAAGAGAAAACUGUUAUGAAACGGAUCGGCGCCACACUUCAUGAUGGUGUAUUGAUUAAAAUAAAAAAAAAAACGAACAAAAAAAAAAAAUUCCUGAUUUUAGACUGUCGGAUGUCUGGUUAUAAAACGUCCGUGCGGCGAAUCGUCAGAGAUGUGAAGCUUAAUCAUGACGUUAGCUGAUUCCUCAGAGUAAUAGAUAUGUGUCUUGCUUUGUGUAUAUAUUUAAGAAAAUAUUUAAAAAGGGGACAAAAAAAAGAUACUACUGUGAACUGUGACUCUUUUAAUUUUUUUUUAUUUUAUUUUUCCCCCUCAAUAGUCAUCGUCAUGUUAUAAAGUAACUCAGCGUAACACGGAUCCCGUCAUCCCGCUAUGGAAAGAGAGCAGUUUUGUAAAAGCCAUAAAGAGAUGACCGGCUCCAUCAGGAAGUUAAACUGUACUGAACACUGAAUGUCGGAUGAGUUGCUCUGCUCUUAUUCCCGUUUUCAAUGCAGGGGGAAAUGUCUAUUUCAGCCCUCAGGGUAAUGAACAUGAUGAAUUGCUUCAUGCUUUUAGUGUGUGUGUGUGUGUGUGUGUGAUGUAUGAAUCUUAAUGAAGCAAUUCCCUAAAAAUGACCUGUACAUCACAUUCCCUUUACCACAGACGGAGAUGAUCAACCAGGACAUGUCUGAAGUUGUAGUAAUAAUAAUAAUAGCAUCUUAGUAGAUAUGAAUAAAGAGAUGAUGGCUAGAAAUCAGUAAACAUAUGUAGACUUUAAUAAUCAGCUAAUAUCUAUACUUAUCCUUUUUUUCCCCCUCCUCUUUAAACGCUAUCUAAUAUUAGUGUUAAGGAGAAUGUUAGAGUUUAAUAUGCAAUAAUAUCGAAUUGUAUUUUCAUUUUCAGCUGAAUGAGUUCGAAAACUAAAUUUGUUUUCGAUUUAUGGAUGGAAUAGAAAAGAAUGGCCAAAAUAUCUAAAGGCAAAACGGUGAAUUGUCAAAAUCUAACACUAUAAAUAAUCUUAUCAGCCAGGACAGGUUCAUCAAAAUGAUACGUAGACUUAAGCCAAUAUUUAUUCCGCUCUGAUUUUUUUUUUUUUUUUUCUUUAAAAUCUUCUAAACUUUUAAAAUAUUAUUUUUUACACCGAAUACAUGACAAACAAAACUACGGCUCUCGGACAAAAUCACUUACAAAUGCAUUAGAAUUUUAAAUAUAAUGUACAAAUCGAACAUAAUGCACUAUGAAUUCUAGUCUGUUCAUAUUCUAAACAUAUUUUUUUAUUUUUGUUACAGGAUGCCCAAAUUUAUUCAUUCUUUUUGCCCUUUCUUUCCCAAAAAAAUUCCCAAUUUUUUAUUUUAUUUUUUUAUUAAUUUUUUUAUUGGUAUCGGCCCGAUACUGAUCGGAUCAGUGCCUUAUGUCUUACAUCACAUGAUUUGGAUGUUUUUCCUAAUAUAAUAAUAAUAAUCUAGUAAAAGUUCUCCAAAUGUUUUGGACUCCUGUGUAUAACACGUUUGAUGUUUUCUAGAUAAAUAAAUCUUCAGAUUGCUCUCCGCUCAGAGAGACACGAUUUCUAAUCCCAUCCUCCGUCUUAUCAAGCUUUAGUACAUCAAACACCAGACAUGUCUUGUUUGAUCGAUAACCUCUGGGGGAAGCUGUGUACAUUUCACGCUAUUAAGAACCAGCAUUUCUUUACCUAGUGGCUGAAUUUAGGGAUUAAAAAGAUGUUUAGUGUUAAAUAUUCUGUUUGAACAACGUGAGGCAAAACAAACCUGGUCAUUUCCCACAAGAGUGUUAAAAACUUGUUUGCUUCAGUAGACAAUCAAGAUUCAGAAUCUGUCCUUGUUGUGGCUGUGUUGACGUAAGACGAGCUAAAGUCAGCCACAGAGCGAGUCGAGUUGCGACCCGGAACCGUUCCUGAGCCGAAUCAGGAGUGUGUUUAUAGAUGGAGGAACUGCUCAGGAGCAUGAGAUUUAAAACAAUGUCCUUGUGAAAUGUGAUGGACAAAACACCCUGAGUCUGACGCGUUUAGUGCUUCGCUAAUACUUCAGGACAGCGCUCGGUUUAUUACACACUCCACCGUGUUGUCAUGUUGUAGGUGUAGAGUGAGUCUUGUGUAUUUAUGUACAGAGUGUUUUACACACCAGAUGUUUAAAAUACAGCACAUCAAAUUGAUUUAAUAACUAAUUGGGGCAGUGGUAGCUCAAGUGGUUAAGGCUCUGGGUCACUGACUGGAAGAUCGGGGACCACCAAGCUGCCACCAUUGGGCCCUUGAGCAAGGCCCUUAACCCUCCCUGCUCCAAGGGUGCUGCAUCAUGGCUGACCCUGUACUCUGACCCCAACCCUUAAGGAUGGGAUAUGCGAAGAAAGAAUUUCACCUUGCGGUAAUGUAUGUGUGAGAAAUUACUAUCGACUUGAACAGGCGCUAGUCUCAGUUUCUCCUCUAGGGGGCAAAAUAGAGCAAUAAAAACAAAAAAUGUGUUGAUGGAACACUUUACAAAGAUUUGACGCUGGAAACGUCUUUUUUUUUUUUUUUUAAAUAUAACUAAUUUAGUGGAAAAAUGUUAUACAAUGGAUAAUUUUGGACUGACUAUCAAAACUGUGACCAAUUGAUUUUACUUCCUGCCCCAGUCAGCAACUGUUACACCUACAACAUGACCUCAGCGGUUGGUGUGUGUCUGAUAAAGUGACCGCGCAGUGCGCCGCUCUCAUGUUGCUGAUCUCAACCCAAACCGAGCCAGUGGUUCCGUUUGGUUCUCAGGCUCAUCGCUGACCCCUUUCUGACCCAGCAUUUUUCUGCCACUGAAGAGAACCGGCGAUCCGAUUAAGCAACACAGGUGUCUCGACCUCUUACGAAGAAACUAACGCUCAAAUUCCGUAUUGAGAGGCGUCAGGGAGUCACGGCCUUCAUUUUUGGUUCUCUCUAAUUUACAUUUCCUGCUUCUUCUAUUGUAAAUAUCUAACUUCUAUCAUCACAGUAUGUUUAUUAAACCUGCAUCUAAGAUAAAAGCAGAAUAAAAAAGAUGUUUAUACACAGC